GGGGGUCAUUUCGUCUUCGAGGUCCUAUAUGGAGGGUUCACGGAGAAUGGACAGUGUGGACAGAACCUUAUGGAAUUGAAGCCAUAUUUGGAGCGUAUGGUAAACCGAACUUGGAAGUAUUGCCCAGGUAUUCAAGAAUAUGAAACUCGCUAUGGGAGUGUGAUCCGCUUUCAGCCAGCUAAACUCAGAUUGUGGAGUUUGCCAUUUGUACGAGCGGACUCAUGCGAGUGCAAAAUAGUGUUUCAGCCUGGCAAGAGUGCACCGCGUGAAUGUCAGCUACUGGACAGUGUACAGUGCACGAACUGCAAACGAUUCGAGAAAGAGUUGUCUGUCCUCAGGGAUAGAGCAGCUGGCCGCACCGAGGAGCAGAAGAAAAGCAGAGCGGCUGUGUCAUCAAAUACUCCCCUGCAGUAUCUGUCACCCUCCAGCAGAACUGAAAGGAUCAGUUCAGGUCGGCUACUGCGGCGGCAACUAAAUAGAGACCUGUCUCAGUAUGAGCAUCUCUCGGUCAUGCUAUCAGAGAAGCAGUCGUCCGAGCUAUCCACUGCAUGCUCUAUCAUCGAGCGCGACUGUCCCAAUGACCUUCGGUCCGUCACCGAUUCUGGUGAUGAGGAGGCACGGGAUGUGUUGCAAGCUGCAUGGGCUGCUGACAAGGCUGAAUGGCAGCGAGACCAGUCCAGCAACGAGCAGGGUUCCCAUGGGAAUAGGUGGAGUCUGCUCACCUACCGAGUUGCUUUGGCUGUUUUCUCAAGGAGCCGAUCUGCUUACGAGGCGCUGCAGUCAUUCGGCAUCUUCAAGCUGCCGAGUAUACGGUCCCUGCAGCAUUACACCAGUGCGUACUUAGAUAAGCCUGGCCGCUGUGAAUCCAGCAUCAAGUUCCAGAAGGAGGUGUAUGAUGGCGUGAAGAAGGCAGCACAUCAGAAAAACUUCCCUCCAAUUGGUGAAGGCCUCAUGAUCUUUGAUGAGGUCAAAGUCAUCAGCAAGAUCCUUUGGAAUUCGCGAAGCCAUGAAGUAUACGGCCUAGCCAUGAAUGACGAGGAUAUGGUCAGUUUGUGCGACGUGUUUGCAGAGCUGAAAGGGAAGAAAACCGAGCGUACUGAGUAUGUCCUGCAGUUCAUGUGGCGCGACAUGUCCUCCAGCUUUGACGUGUUUGGCCCCUACUUCACCACACAUUCUUCUCUGGACGCCAAAUUCAUACUGGCAUGUCUACUUGAUACCUUACGCCUGCUUCACGAUUUUGGCUUCAAGACAUGUGCUGUGAUCUGCGAUGGUGCUGCCACCAACUUAUCAGUGAUCAAAUCAAUGAUGGGUGUCCGUGGUGCAUUCGGCAUGAAGUCCAGUCCUGACCGACAUAUGAUUAACUCGUCCAUCUCGCAUCCAUUCUGGCGCCAUCAGAAGUUAUUCUUCAUUGUCUGUCCUGCACACCAGCUGAAGAACAUGGUGAACGCGCUGCAUUCGUCUCGGCAAGGUGGAACAAAGUCCUUUGGAACUGCCAGUGGUGUCUGCUUUGGAUGGCAGACUAUUCUUGAUUUGUAUGAGCGUGAAGUGGCUCGCUUUUCCAAAGGUGUCCCACGGGAAGUGCCCAAGCUGAAGAAGAACCACGUCCUCCGCGAUGCAUGGACGAAACUGAAUGUGCUGCCAGCCAAAGUAAUGCAACAGGAAGAGCUCUUGACUGAGCUGGCAGAGUACCUCCUCGCUGACCACCUCGACAAUGUCAAUGUCAAGGCAACUAGAGAGUAUCUCGUGGCUUGCAAUCGGUUCUUUGAGAAAGGUGUGUUUUCGCAUGAGCCGGUGAGGAGUGCAGAGUCAGCACCCAUAACAUCAAUAGUGACAGGAUUCGAAUUUUGGCUCCAGUGGCUCGAGGGCUUGCUCAAAGCCAAGCCGGGCUUUGAACCAACGGAUCCAAAGCAGAAGGACUUCUUGGCUUGGCAGACCUGGGACCUACUACGUGUUGUUCGCUAUGGUUUUGUGGAGUUCUGCAAGGACUUCACAUCACGGAAUCCAGGCUAUUAUGUCGUCCCCGUGCGUGUGACUGGGAGUGCAAUCGAGACCGUUUUCUCUCAACUCAAGCAUGCGUCUGGUGGUCGGCUAACCGCUACCAAUUUUGCAUCUGCUCGGGCAUCCCUUGCCAUCCAACGUCAUGCAGUACCGUGUCACCCUGCUAAUACUGGAUACCAUGAUGCACCUGUACACUUUGCCCCUGUACCGCUCCUGCGACGGAAAUAGCUGUGUGCCGACUGCCGAUUGUGCCGACUGCCGAUGUCAGGUAUUGUUUCGUUUCUUAUAAGUUUGUUUAGUUUGGUAUUAGCAUGUACCACUGGGUGUCUACUUAUUUUAACUUUCACACAGCAAACCUCCUGGUGUUGCA